GGCAGAAAAUUUUGCGCUCAAAUAGCGUAGAUACACGCCAGAAAAAAGAAAUAAUUAAAUUGUUAUUGUAUUGUUUUAUUCAUGGUUUACAAAUUUUUAUCAAUAUUUUCAAAAUUAAGAAAUUUAUUAAUCAAUUUUAUCUCUGAUAGCAAAAAUUGGUUCUCCUUCUAUCCUUGGGAUCUGAGAAUUUAAAUAAGAAAUGGGAAAUGCAGGAAGUAAUCAUCCAAAAGAGUGGCACAAAGAUCAGUCCACUAAACAACAAGAUGUAGGCUGCUCUUCCCCAGCAAAAGAAGGAGAAGCGUUUACAUUUGACAAAAAAACUGACGACGAUCGAUGUAUUCGAGACGACGAUAACAACAUUGAAGAUGGAGCUCCUUAUUAUACCAAAGCUGUACCUGAGCAUGACGUAGAAGAAACUAUUAUGCGUGAAAGAUCUAAUACUUUGACGGAUGAUAACAAAGAUGCUGAAGAUGUGAAAGUAUUGCCAACUGUUUUUAAAUGGGAAGGUGGAGGAAAGCAGGUUUUUAUAAGUGGUACUUUUACUGAGUGGAAAACCAUACCUAUGGUCAAGUCACAUGGAGAUUUUGUAACUAUUAUUGAUCUGCCAGAAGGGGAGCACCAAUAUAAGUAUUUUGUUGAUGGGGAGUGGCGUCAUGACCCAACUGUGAAAGUCGUAGACAAUGGUAUGGGCUCUAAGAACAAUUUGGUUACAGUGAAAUUGUCUGACUUUGAAGUGUUUCAAGCUCUCGCUAAAGACAGUGAAGGAGUACAUAACAGUGCUCAGACUGAAUACUCUCAGGAAAUACCACAAUCUAAGCCAUGGGAAAAAGUUACAGGACCUCCAAUUUUACCUCCACAUCUUUUACAAGUUAUUCUAAAUAAGGAUACUCCUUUGUCUUGUGAACCUACGUUGUUACCAGAACCAAAUCAUGUGAUGUUAAACCAUUUGUAUGCCUUAUCUAUCAAAGAUGGUGUUAUGGUACUAUCUGCUACUCAUAGAUAUCGAAAGAAGUAUGUCACUACUCUCCUGUACAAGCCCAUCUAAGAAUAUUAUUUCCUCUAUAGGCUUUGUUAUUACCCUAAAAAAACUAUUUUGUUAUUGUGAUCAUUUUCGUAGAACAUUUUAGGUAAAUGAAUUAUGUAUAGGUAGUUAUAAGUAAAGUUAAUUUGUGCAAUACAAGAAAUAUCUUAAAACUGA